UAGUUUCCUUUCCACGAAGGUAAACGCGGAGACGAAAAGUCUCGGUUUCUAGAGAGAAGAACAAGACCAGAUUCCAUCUCAACAUAGUUUUAGUUUAAAAGCGUUCCUUGAUUUUCUGGGGAUCAGAAGGAGCUUAGAUUUUUGAGAAUGAAGAAAUUCAAGAGCAUGUUGAAGCCGAAGCCAAACCCAACAGAGCAACUCAAGGAUUGGCAGAGACGACUUCGCCAGGAGAGCCGCAACAUUGAGCGCCAAAUCAGAGAUCUUGAGAGAGAAGAGAAGGUGGUACAGAAAGCUAUUAGAGAAGCUGCAAAGAGAAAUGACAUGGGCUCAGCAAAGUCACUUGCAAGGGAGAUUUUGGGGUCGAGGAAAGCUGUAAGUCGCCUUCAGGAGAAUAAAGCCCAACUGAAUUCGAUUGCGAUGCACCUGGGAGAAAGUGUUGCACUUGCCCGUACUGUGGGUCAUCUAUCGAAGAGUACAGAGGUCAUGAAGCUUGUUAAUGAACUCACGAAAUCUCCAGAAAUGGCUGUCACAAUGCAAGAAUUUACCAAAGAAAUAACCAAGGCUGGGCUGAUUGAAGAAGUUGUAAACGAUACUCUUGAUACAGCAUUAGAUUCGGAAGAUAUAGAAGAGGAAACUGAGGAAGAAGUUGAGAAGGUUCUGAGUCAAAUAGCUGGUGAGACGGCUGCCCAGCUUCCUGAAGCUGUCAGGAAAGAGAGGAUCAAGUUACCUGCCCAGGGAGCUAGUGGUUCACGAGAAGAAGAAGCUAUAGCAGAAGGUUCAGAUGACGAGGAAGAAUUGGAAGUGUUGAGAGCGCGGCUUGCUCAAGUCAGAUCAUAAUUGCUCAUGAAAUUGUUUCCCUUGUUUCAUUGGCAUUAGGAAGAAGGAUGGUUGUGCUUAUUCUGUAAAGGCUAUUAGCAGUACCUGUAAUGAUGUUUAGAUAGAACUUAACAAUAGUAUUAACUCAAAUAUUCGUUUAUGAACAACAGAAAUUUGUUCUUCUGUAAUGGAUGUUAUAUUACAAGGUUCGGUUUAUUAUAAUGCAUCUAGAUCAGAUGCUUUUCA